UCUACAUUGCUGAUGUAUCUCUGCUAGUGGCUCGAUGCCGUCUGCUCUUUCUGUGACAGAACCACAGACUGUGGGUUUGCCGCAUUUCAAUCACCUUUUCCUCAGUGAACCAUGAUAUACCUGUUAGGGUACCUGGGGCAAAAAUAUGUUGCUGGGACCCUAUACUGACCCCCCACACGUCCCACUUUGUGUAGUGUGUUUGUACGCUGUUGCAAGUUCCCAUUAAGCACAGAGCACGCAGCUGACUGGCAGCUUCAUUAUGCAGCCAGAGACUCUGAAACCAACUAAAACUCCUGCGCUGGAAUAAUCUUCCCUGGCCCCAUUUCUUUCUGUGUGUUAAAAUUAGUUUGAGUUAAUUUUGGGGCCCCUGGGUGUCUGGCACCGUAAGGCACCGUUUCCUGCUUUGCCCAGUUGGCUUUCAUAAUAAUACAAUUGUGUAUGCUUGAGGUAGGAGACUACACAAAACAUAAAAAAAAUAAUAAUAAUCUAAAACAAGGAAUUUUGUUGACACUGGUUUUAUCUCCUUAUUGUUUCCCCAUUGUUUAUGGUUCAGACCGCACUGAUGUGUGUGUAGAAAAUAUAAUAAUUGCAAAAGUAAAGUAAUGCAUCGUUCGUUUUCAAACAAUUAAUAUGGUUUUGAGCUGUUAAAGAGGAUUAGGGUUAAUCACAUUUUCCUGACAUUAGCCAAUCUGGUAACACUUUAUAAUAAGGGUACACAAGUAAUGUAUAGCUAAUACAUGACUCAUGAUGAUUUAAUAAAUUAAUGCAGGAUGUAUCCUGUUGCUCACCAUUAAUAAAUGAUCAAGUCACUAUGAGUUAUAGUUAAUGGAUCAUCAGUUAAUGAAUGUUUGACUCAGACGUUCAUUUAAAACCACCCAAACACCUGGAAUCCAGUUACAUUGAAAGGGCAUUUCAGAACUAUGCAUCUGAUCAGCCUCUCUGAGAGCUGCUACCCGUUCUCACAGAAAUAUGAAGCAAACAACAGAAACACAUCUCUAUGAUGAUAAGUCACAGUCAGAUUCCUGAGAAAAACAAUUGCCAGUUUUUCUCCCUCACUUCCUUACAAUGUAAACUGUUGACGUACGCUUAAACGCGUCUGUCCAUUUUCCCCUGAUUUGUCAGCCGGCACCUGCUGGAUGUUUUUUUCCCUUCUCUUACAGUAUGUGCUACACUCCACUUCUUUCAACAACAGCAGAAAUAUCAGAAUUGAAAAACAACUCGUGUUCCACCCGCUGGCCUGUAGAGAAGAGGUACUGUUCUGCUUUCAGAGAGGCUGAUCAGAUGCACGAGUCUGAAAUGUCCUUUUCUAAGGACUCCACCUAAUUUGGUGGCAUAUAAUCAAUGACUGAAGUGACCGUGAGUUAACAAUCAUGAAUUGAUAGGCCUUCUUCACGCAAGACCUUUUGACAAGAAAAGCUCACGUGUAAAUAAUAAAGUUAAUGAUGGCUGAAUUCCAUUUAGCUGCUUCAGUUUCAGGGUCCUGGUAUUGUUCACUGUCCCACUUGAAUAAAACAAAGCCAUUGUUCAUAUUAUCAGUCACACCUGUGCUUUCCCUAUUAUGACAAGUCAAAAUGUCUGCUGUCAGAAAAGUCUAUUAAGUGUUAAUUAAUCACAUAAUCUCACAGUGACUUGAUCAUUUGUUUAUGGUGAGCAACAGGAAUUCAUGAUACAUCCUACAUUAACCCAUCUUAACUUAUGCAAUAUCCAUUAUUUAAUGCUUUGCACCCGUAUUAUAAAGUGUAUAAAGUAGUUUGGUUUAUUGCAAAUGUUUGUAGUGCAGUUUAAUUUACCCUUACCUCACCUAUUGCUAUACUGUUUGGGCUGCCACUUAUUCCACCAACCUUACUAAGAUGCUUUCUUUCCAAAAAGGAUCAGUCAGACUUACUACAUUUGGCAGUCAGAUCGAAGAUUCUUUCUAUUUCUCAUGUAAACCCUGAUUUGGUGCCUCUAUCAUUUAAUACAUUUUCUUCAGACAAAAUUCAUCCACACAUUUACCAGAGGUGUAAAUGAAUUGCUUUCUGUCAAUUCUCUAUCACUUACAAGGAAGCUCAGCUGUGGAUUAAGUGCCAUUAUACUGCAACACAAUCGUCCUCUCUGCCAAAGUACAUGUACAUUUAGGCUUAGAGUUUAUUCGGUGAGCCACAAGACUUUCUCCCUUAUACCUAUCUAUUAGCAACUGACACAGGCCUACAUAAUUUACUGGUUCUUCUGUUUAGUUCUAUUUCUGUCUCAUUUCUAUGUUCUUUUAUAUGUAGUGCUAAUUGUGUUUGUUUGUCUUUAUUGAUAAACUGUUCUCUUUUUUUUGGUGAUGUCUUUAUAAGCCCUUCUCUCUCACCAGCAGAAUCAUUUUUUCCUCCUUUACUCCAUUAUGAUAUGUCUGUGUCUUGUUGCUUGUGCAAAUAAAUAAACCCCUUUUCCUGACAGUAGCUUGUUUUCUGUUAAUACAGUUAUUGAAGUCAUACCUAUAGGCGUGGCUCAAAUCUAGACUAAUUGAAGAGGCUGUGGCUGACACCUGGCUGACGGUGAGUGGAGAUGGGUAAACCCCGGGGCUGCAUUUCAGUGACACUCCGGACUGACGCGCAUGUUUCGGCGUCACCGGCGCCUCUGACGGUGGGAGGAGAAGCUCACCGGAGCGCAGCAGACACACACACACAGAUGGUUUCGGUCACCAUGAGCCACAGGCACCGCGCGCUCAGCUGCCUCUCCGUCGCGCUCGCGCUGCUGCUGCCGCCGCCUCGCGGUACUGGGCGCGUCGCGGAGCUCGCGGUGGCGGCGGAGUAUUCCUCCAAAACCGACUUGGACUACGAGUUCGGGGACUACCGGGGGAAGUGGUGCAUCGACGACCACGGUUUUGUUUACGGCAUCGGAGAGGUUUAUUACCCGAGCUCCACGGCGUGUCCGUGCACGUGCACCGUGGACGGUCCCGUGUGCGUCCGACCCAAGUGUCCCCGCAUCCACCCCCGGUGCACGCGGAUCAGAUAUAAGGCAUGCUGUCCGGUGUGCGAGGCUAUGGCCAGGGUCUGUGUCUACGGGGGCAAAACGUACCGGCUCCUAGAGGAGUUCAGGUUGUCGAGGUGUGAGCGAUGUCGCUGCGAGGCCAACAGAGAGGUGUACUGCAGCAUUUCGGAUUGUCCCGCCCCUCACUGUGUCAACCCCACCUACGAACCCAACCACUGCUGCCCCAUCUGUCCCAACUGCUUUGCCGGGAACAGGGUGAUCCCAGCUGGGGAGCGUGUGAACACGGAUGAGCAGACAGUAUGCUACUGCACCUACCGAGAUGGGACGUGGCACACCCAUCCCCAGGCCACCUGCGAGCAGCGCCCCCAGCCCAGUCUGACACCCAGCGCCCGCACCGAGCCCCCCAGGGACGAGGAGAGCAGGGGGAGGCCGUUUAUUCCCAGACUGGAUGUGAUACCAUGAAGUGGAGUGUUAAAUAAAUGUUUCAUAGAGGCAAAGCCACAGGUACAAAUAAACUCUAACUUUAUCUAUUAGUAUCAGGAGGGCUAAACUGGGCUCCAAUAUAGCAUUACUCAACAUGCACAUUUACGUUUAACACAGCCAAUUAGAUUAUUUCAGCACAGCUCUGCCUCAAAAAAAUGUAGGAUAAUCUACAGAGUGGUUGGUGCUGAGGAUAAAGAGGGAACUGUAGGGAGAAACUGGCAACACCCUUAGAAAAAAGUCAAAGAUUCAAAGAUUUGAAAACAUGACUUGUACAUAAAAGGAUUAGGGCCACAUGUGAAAAAUGUAUUUGAAUUCUCAGAACUCAAAUACAUUUUUUACAUAGGGCCCUAAUCCUCUUCUGUACUUUUGGAGACCUGGUAGUUUUCACAUUUUAAUAUGUUCCAUUUUUAGAACAUUUAGGUUUAGUUUAAUUUUUAAUACUCUUUUUUUUUCUCAUGGCAAUACACCCAAUAUUUGUUUAAAAUGUGAAAACUAAUUCAGUUGAUAAGAGAGAAUUUUGAUUUGGAAAAUUAGAAAUUUCACAUUUGAUUAAAUGAAUGAGAUGAACUAGUGUUGAAAUAAUUAGUCAAUUGUUCGCUAAGCCCCACCCCCAUUAGUUACAGUCACUAUGCCUGUCAAAGCUUUCCAUUUUUGCACAGCACAUAUGCAGUUUACAGUGAUAACGGUGUCAGAUUUACCAUCAGUAUUCUUAGUCAUUUUUGAUACGAUGGGUCCCUGAUUUCAGACAGAGGCAGACAAAUGCAGCUUCUCAUUUCCAACCCCAUGGCCAUCAAUUUCGCCACCAUCAAAUGAAACUGUCCUAGCAGAUUUUAUCAUCUGUAGCUAGCUAGCUAACCAAACUAGGGUUGCCAAUCCGUCCCGUAUAAUACGGGAUCGUCCCGCAAUGAAAAAUAAAAUGCGCUGUCCCGUACUGAAUCAAUACUGGGCGAUUUGUCCCUUAUUUUCGUGCACACCCUACUCUAAUGGAUACACUAUGUGUGAGAGAAGAAUUUAACCAAUAACCCACUUGGUGGACAUUAAUCUGCCAAAGUCUAGGCUAACCCAUCCUUUAUGAGAGGUUUUGGACUGAAGUAAAAAUUACACUUAUUUUAUAAUACUCUUACUGACUCUUUAUUUCCUUUACAUUUAUGUUGAGAGUAGCAGAGGACUUUGAAAUCGAUGCAUAAAAAGUACAAAUUGGUGCAUAAAAUUCACCAAAAUGCAGGAAAUGACACUCAAAAUCUCAUGAGGGAGGACUCCCAGACCCCCCUGCUUGAUUUCUGCCCCCUCUGCAUGGGGUCGCUGGCAAGAUGAAAAAUAAGGGAUUAUUUUUCCACAUUGAAGGUGGCAACCCAAAACCAAACUAGCAUUAACGUUAGCUCCAUGAGUUGGUAAAAACGCUAUCCCCAGUUGACUUUUAAUGUUUCCAGCUGACUCGUUUUAAAACAAGAAGACAAGGGUCUUAAAUAUGCACUUGAUGGCUACAUUCAUGAUAUCAUGCCCAAAGACUAAAGGCUAAAAGUUAGCUUCUUCACCAGCUAAUGAUUCAUCAGUAUGAAAAUGAAAAAUGUAAGAUCAGACUGUUAUUUUAUUCUAACAUACUGUAACUCUGUUUGGCUGCUUACCUUACGUACUUUGUUUGUAUUUGUAAACAUUAUUUUUCACUUUUACCAUUACAAGAGAAAAAGCUUUUCGGAUGAGGACUAACGGAUGUGUUUGGCAAAUGUAAUGCUGGGGUUGGAGGAGUAGGCUAUAAAGAUCAGGACAGAGCUGCUAACGUUAGCCUAAACUCUGAUAGCAUCUAGGAUCAGCUUUCACACUGUGGGGAAAUACUGCACAGUGGGUGUGCUAUCAUGAAGGAUUUUUUUUUUUUUUUAACGUAACCUUGUAACCCAUGAAUUCAUGGAGUUAGUUAAUAACAGGCUCCUAGGCCUUGGAAUUAAUUGCUCAGUUUCUACUAUACAUAAUAAGCUAGUUAGCCAGUGUUGCCAUAUUGGUUUGAUGUUUUUCAGCCCAAUCAUUGCUCAAAAUCCAACCCAAAUAUUAUCUAUAAUAAACAAUACAAAGGAAUUAAUAAACAAUAGCAGUAUUAACAGUAUUGUGGUUCAUCACAAUUUUUCAAUAUGACAUAAAAAUAAAACAUUUGCAAAGUGCGCUAGAACGUAGAUAGGAGGCUACAUCGUACAAUGCAACUAUAUAUUUUCCAUUUCUGCCCUCUUACUUAAAAAUAAAGAAAAAAUAAAGAGACAGCUCAAAUAACUUUUUGUACCCCAAAGAAAGGGACAGAUAAUUCUUCUGUUUACAGUAUGUGCUGUAUAUCCUGUCCACCCGCCCAAGCCCAUUUUACCGCCCAAGCCCAUUUCACGCACAAUGCUACCCAAAACCGCCCAAUCUGGCAACACUGAUGUUAAUGAUUGCAGCUUUCAUUAGAGCAACAAAUAGUUUAAUCUAUUCCUUACACUUUUGCUCUUGUGUUUAUGGUUUUAGAGAGAGUAAAAAAAAAAAAACUUUAAGAAAAGACACCACCCUCCAAACUCUUUAAAUGCUGAGUAGUGCUCUUUCUAGAGCCUCACACACUGCAUUCGGUUGCUAAGCUAUGAUUGGACAAUGAUUGGGGGAUGAGUUUAGCAAACUGUCAAUUAAUCGAUUAUUUGAUCGACAGAAAAUUGAUCAAUAUCAAUUUUGAUAAUCAAUUAACUGUCAUUAAAGUCAUUUAUUAGGCAAAAAUGUCAAACAUUCACUGGUUCCAGCUUGUACAAUGUGAGGAUUAGCUGCUUUUGAAUUUUGAAUGGAAUCUCUUUGAGUUUUGGAUUGUCACCUUUGGCUCUGAGAAUUUGAGAUGGUCAAUUUUCACUAUUGUCAGACAUUUUAUGGACUUAUGCAUAAUCGAUUCAAUCAAAACAAAACUGAUAGAUAAUGAAGAGUCAUUAGUUGCAGCCCUAAGAUGCAUGUGAAGCAUGAAGAGGAAUGAACUGUGAAGAUGGAUGUGAAGAGUAAGAAACGGGGUGAAGAGGAGCCACUCUGACAGAUACAGUAGGUAUAGGUACUGAAAGAGCAAUGCCUACUGUGGGUGAGGCCACCUUGGUCUGGACAAAUAUUCACUCUCUGCUGUUAUAGAAACUGUAUUUAUUUCUCAGUUCAUCCCUUCCUGCACAUGGGCAAAUCUACAAUCUACCUACCUACCUGACACUCCUUUACCUCAUAAAACCUCCCAUCAUUCCACUGGGGAACGUGGACGGAGUCAGGGAGUGCCAGGAUGUGUGAGAUGAAUGUAUUGGUGUAUUGGGGGAAACAAGUGUUGGGUGCAGGUGGUAUCCUGGUUUCUCUCCAUGGACAUGCUGGUUUCCAUCUGUAAGCAGAGCAAGGCCAGAGAUGUCCAAGUAGACCAGACACACACACACACACAGAAUGACUGUGUAAGCAGAAACACAGAUGAUUCACACACUACCUGGAGUAACAGAUGGUACAUACAAAUGUAAUGUUAAUGAGUACAUGCCAGUAAGCAUUUAUCACCCUCCUGUAGACUGUACAUGUUAGUCUCCGUUUGUGACUGUUGACAUAUUGAAUAAUGUGGCUUUUUUUUUUUCUUGACCCAUUCUCCUGCAGUGAGGUCACAGACUGGGCUUUUCUGUAACUACAUUAUUUCAUGUUCUCCUGACAACACACGUCAAAGUGCUGAUUGUCAGAGCUUGUAUACCUGAAAAUGCUUCGAUCUGGAAAUUCCCUCUGUUCAAACAGAGACUUUCUGUCCUAUCCUUGUGUCUGCUGUUCACGAGUUCCUGUCCUCAUCUUCAUGCUGGAGACAUACCCUGUGUAUUGCUGGUUAGGGUAGAGUGCCAGUCAGCUUAAAUCAGGUUCAAAGGACAGUAUUUAAUGGUACUCAGGUUUAGAACACUUAUCCCCAGUGGUUUGUCUUACUGUAGGCUGAACGCCUUCCUUAACACCCUCCCUCUUAAAUGUGUGCUAUGUUGUUGUGCAUCACCAACUGUUUAGUUAGUUCAACUUACUGUUUAAGAACUGUACAGGUUAAUAAUUGUAAGCUAAAGGUUGAAAAAUAAAGCUUUUACAGAUCGUCA